GGAUACAUGAAAUGUCAUGAAGGUGGAAACAAGUCUAUUGGAUAACAUUGGGUUUCAAAGACGAACUUCAGGUAAAAUUAGUACUAAAUUGCAUUCUUAACACAGGUUAAGUAGAUCGCGCUUGGUCAUACCCAGUAUUUCUUUCAAUCGAUUCUCAGACAGAUAUAUUUUGAUAAAUUCCUAAAGUCAGUAUUUUCAAGCGAUAAAUAAAAGCUUGUAUGUGAGGCGAUAAAGAAGGUAAAACCUCAACCAAGUGCAGGACAAUAGUGGAACGGCUCCACAUCAGACGAAUUAUUAAGACAUCUUAAAUGGAUAAAGAACUAGCUCAAUCUUUUGAAGAAUGGAUGAAGUAUGACAAGAACGAAAACACGCGCUCACAAAUUAAGUUACUGAAAGAAAAAGAAGCAUGGAAUAAAUUGCAGAAGUUAUUGCUAGAAAGAAUGGCAUUUGGAACUGCUGGAUUACGUGCAAAGAUGGGGCCAGGAUAUUCUCAGAUGAACGACUUAACUAUCAUACAAACAACUCAAGGUUUACUUAAGUAUUCGCUAAAAGUAUUCCCAAAUCUCAAGUCAGAUGGAAUUAUAGUUGGUUAUGAUGCUCGACAUAAUAGUAAAAAAUGGGCAUUUAUUGUUGCUAAUAUAUUUAUUAAUGCUGGUUGCAAAGUGUACUUGUUCAAAGAUACGUUCCCAACUCCUAUGGUUGCAUUUGGCGUUAAGCUCUACAAAACGGCCUUAGGUGUUAUGAUAACUGCAUCUCACAAUCCAAAAAAUGAUAAUGGUUACAAAGUUUACUGGUCAAACGGAUGUCAGAUAAUCAGUCCUCAUGACAGUGGUAUAUCAAGUUGUAUCCUUGAAAGUCUGGUCCCUUUGGAAACUUCAUGGAACAUAGAUUGUGUCGAGGCAAAUCCUCUCUGCUUAGAUCCGAUGCCUAAGCUUUUGGAAACCUACUGCCGACUACAGAAGAGUAGGCUGUGUUUUACAGAAUCCGAAAACAUAAAAUGUAAAACUCCUUUUGUGUAUACACCUAUGCAUGGUGUAGGUUGGGAAGCAGUUAAAACAUUAGUUUCAUGUUUUGGAUUUCCUCCACUUGAACCAGUUCCAGAACAGAUAAUGCCUGAUCCAGAUUUUCCAACCGUUGAUUAUCCGAAUCCGGAAGAAGGUCGUUCUGCACUCAAUUUAGGCAUUAAACAUGCGGAAUCUAUUAAAAGUACUAUCAUUUUUGCCAAUGAUCCAGAUGCUGAUAGACUGGCAGUUGCAGAAAAACAAACAUCUGGUCAGUGGAAAAUUUUCAAUGGUAAUGAACUUGGAGCCUUAUUUGGUUGGUGGCUAUCGUUGCAGUGGAAAAUACACAAUCCUCAAGUAAAACCUUCCAGUGUUGCUGUAUUAUCUAGUACAGUGUCUUCAAAAAUAUUAAAAACUAUUGCUGAACAGGAAGGAUUUCGAUUUGAAGAAACUUUAACUGGCUUCAAAUGGUUGGGUAAUCGAUCCUGUGAACUAGAAUCGCAAAAUAUUAAAACAAUUUUCGCUUUCGAAGAAGCUAUAGGUUUCAUGUGUGGUGAUGUUGUUUGGGAUAAAGAUGGUGUUGGGGCUUUGGCAGUUAUGGCUGAACUGACUGCUUAUGUUCAUCGUAAUGGAAAACUAUUAUCUGAACAAUUAAUGGAGAUAUAUGACAUUUAUGGUCAACAUAUUUCCAAUAAUGGUUAUUACUUUUGUCAUGAACCGGAAAAAAUUGUUAAAAUGUUCAAUCGUAUACGUAAUUGGCCUAAUGAACCUGGUCCUAAAGGUUAUCCUCAAAAACUUGGACGAUUUCAAAUAACUGGUAUACGAGAUUUAACAGUCGGUUAUGAUGAUCACUAUCCAGAUUUAAAACCGGUACUACCUGUUAGUAAAUCAAGUCAAUUGAUUACUUUUGAUUUUUCAAAUGGUGUAACACUAACGCUUCGUACAAGUGGAACUGAACCAAAAAUUAAAUAUUAUUCUGAAUUAAGAGCAAAACCUGGAAGCGGAGCCUCUGUGGAAUCUUUAACAAAAGAACUUCAAGAACUUGUGGAUAAAAUGAUUGAAGACUUCUAUGAACCGGAAAAAAAUGGUUUCCUUCCUCGUGUGGAUUAAACUGACGUUGUAGUUUGUUUAUUUUGCUUCUUUGUCAACUUAAAAGAAGAAAAAAAAGGUUUUUCUGCUUUAAAUAAUUCAUUGUUCAAUAUACUCUUAUUUGUCUAUUCUUUGUUACUGUCUCUUUCUAUUUACUUCUUUGUUUAUUUACUAGUUCACUGAAUCAACGAGAUUUGAAUUAAACUGUACUUUUUGCCAAUUUGUAGUGUUGAUUUUUCUAUCCAUUUUUGCUUAGUUGACUAAUCUUGAAAAUAAGCAGGGAAAUAAAUUGUUUUAAUUACUUGCUAUUCUGAUUUCA